UGGAAGAAUUUCAUAGAUCUAGUCACUUCAGACUUUUUGAGCAGCUCACUUCAGAUAUCAGCUGAACAUAUUUGGGCAUACAACAUCUGCUUGAUGUGGUACCUACAACAUUUAAAGGAUCUGUAUAAAGAAGCAGUACUUAAACCUAACCAUCAUUUUGUCCUCUAUGUCAGUGUGUAUCUCCAUGCUUUUGGUCCAGGCCACUUAAUUAGAGCUUUCUUUGCAGAAAAAAUGAAUUAUCUGCUCAUGAAGCUGAAUAAUAACAGAAUGUUUGGUGCACUG